AAGAGCGUCGGGCGGAUCACCCGCAUGCUGUUUGUCAUCAGCGCCGUCUAUGUGCUCACCAACCUCACGACGCUGGUUCUCGUCUUCCUGAGGGCAGCCAUAUCUGAGACUGUGGCGACACUCAGUCCCGCGGCCGAUGCAAUCUUCAGGCUCUUCUACAUGAGCUUCUUGAUCAACUGUGCCGUGAAUCCGAUCAUCUAUAACUUUUACGACAGGAAUUUCCGGAAGGAAUGUUUCAGGAUGCUUAGUUUCUCACGGAAAUGACCGGUUUCUUUUCGUCAGUGAAUGAAAAUUGGGUGACUUAGUCAUCAGCGUUGGACGAGAGAAAUCAACAAACGAACUUCGAGUUUUCUAUCUUUUCUUAUUCAUUAAAGAAAAAUGACAACGUUCGAUUUUUUUCCAUGGCGAUUAACUUUUUAAAGUAAGUUAGUGAACUUGAUCCCAACAGCUGAACAAUCCCGACACAACAGCUGGAUUGGCGAAUAACAAAAAGGUUGGAAUGACACUACGGCCCACACGUCCCUGACACACCGGCACACACGGGACUGACACAACGGCCCGCACGUCCCUGACACAUAUGAACACACGUCCCUGACACACGAUGAAAAGAUUGAUUGGUCGUGAAGAAGAAUACCAAAACAAUGUAUCAGGAUUGGGAAACUGAAGGAAAUAAUGUAUUUCAGCUUCCGGAGGGGUACAUCAUCAUUUAACGCCGAACGAAAACAUUAGUUACACCUGGUUUCAUCACCAGAUUCACCUGAGUACAUGAUACAUCAUCAGGUACAAUUGGGUACAUCUUCAGAUACACCUGGAUGCAUCAUCAGGUACAAUUGGG